CCUCCUCCUCCUCCCCAUUCCUCUCUUCUCCUCUCACCCGACCAAGACAGACAGUACAUAGCAGACGCACCACCGCACGCUCCGAGCUGUCUCCAAUGGCCAACGACCACUUCUUCCCCGGCGACUACUUCUCCUCCGGCCUCUCCGCGCCGUUCCUCGGCGCCUCAUACGCGCAGGCACCGCCCAGCAGGUCAUCAGGACUCGACGCCGCGGCCAUGGCAUUCGGGCUGCCGUGGGCCGACCAGCAGCUCCCGGGGGCCGCGGACUCCUCGGCCGCCACCACCACCGCGCACUUCGACUCCGCGCUCAGCUCCCUGGUCUCGUCUCCGGCCAGCGCCUUCUUCGCCCACGGCGGCGAGGACGACGUCGCCAUUGGCGACCUGAUCGGCCGGCUCGGCGGCAUCUGCAACGGGGCCAGCGCCAACAACUCUUGCUACAGCACCCCGCUCAGCUCCCCUCCCCGCGGGCCUCCCCUGCCGCCCGCGGCUUUCCGGGCACUCGAGACCGGCAGGCUGUCACGGGUCUCCAGCAGCAAGUCGCUUGGCGCCCCCGCGACGGCAUUGGAGUACGCCGAGGCAGAGGCGAGCCCCAACACGUCCGCGAUGCCGGACCCGCCGGCCACGACGAAGGGAGCAGCGCGGAAGCGCAAGGCCCCGGCUAAGUGCAAGGCGAAAGCAGAGCCCUCUCCUCCUCUCCCCGCGACGGCGGUGACCAAUGCGAUCCCGAAGCGGCCAAGGGUCACCGACGGCGGCAGCAGCGACGAAAACGCCGCCGUGCCGGCUAAGGUGGAGCUGGAGGAGGAGAAGCCGGAGCCGGUGAAGGACUACAUCCAUGUGAGGGCAAGGAGGGGACAAGCAACCGAUAGCCACAGCCUCGCGGAGAGGGUGAGGAGGAAGAGGAUCAGUGAGAGGAUGAAGCUGCUGCAGUCCCUGGUGCCAGGCUGCAAUAAGAUCACCGGCAAGGCUCUCAUGCUCGACGAGAUCAUCAACUACGUCCAGUCGCUGCAGCGUCAGGUCGAGUUCCUCUCCAUGAAGUUGUCGACGAUGAAUCCUCAGUUGGACUUGGACGGGCAGUACAAGCCAUCAAAAGAUAUGAACCAGGUUACAAUGCCGGCCUACGCGUCUGACGAACCAGCCGGCGCCUUCUCCUACGCCAGUUCACCCGCCGACUCGUUUGCCAUGGGCUCCGCCGUUGCACACCAUGGGCUAGAGCUACAAGGCACCUUCAGCUGGGAGCAUGACCUGCAGAGCAUGGUUCAGAUGGGGGGAGCCAGCAGCAGCAGCCACAGCCAAGAUCCCCAUGCUUUCUACGGCAAGUGAAAAAUCAGACCGUUCACCGGUUCUGCAAUUGACUGAUUCUGGGUUUUGUCCAUGUUUUGUUGAGGUUUCCUGUUUGGUGUCAAUGAAUGCAGGCCAGCAGACGACAGUAAAUCACAUGAAGGUUGAACCAUAAAUGUGCCUGCCCCUUCUGUACAUACGCCAGCCACCGUACUACUCCUCCCCUCUUCUUUUCCCUGAACAGCAGCAGCAGCUCCAAACUAACAAUCAUCACUACAUGACUUCUCUCUGCGCAACUGGGGCGUGCAGAGGAGUGUUAGGGCCCACAUGGGAAAAAGGAACGGAAAGAGAAGAAAAAACGAGAGAGGAGGUUUCAGGCUUUUGGGUGCAGAUGCAUGCAGAAACUGCAGAAUUUAGGGUGUGUCUUGUAUGAAUUUGGGUGUAUUUGUGUUGAAGAUGGCAAAAGGCGCCAGGUGUUAGUGUUGUCAUUUUUUUUUUUGAAAGCUAGCAGGAGAACCGCUAGGAUUUCAUUAUAGAAGAAAGGCUGAUGGCCAAGUACAAAAGAA